GUUAUGCAAAAGCCUGUGCUCUUGCCCUAUCGCGUUGAGUAUAUAGAUAUUUGUACGCGUGCGCAUUGUUAUAUUUAUCCUUAUUCUGACAUGAAAGCGUAACCUAACAUAACCUUAAAUGUAAAUACUGUGCUAUUCGUAUAGCAUCGCGCCUUUUAAAAAGUUCCACUGUCAAGUCGCGAGGAGGUGUCACAAAAUAUGAGCCACUGCACUAUUAGAGGCACGUCGUGAUUUCUUAUAUUAAUCGGAAUUUCUAAAACACGGAGCCAUCUUCGUUUGAGUUACGCGUGGGUUUGAAUAACGCCUAGUUGGAAAAUUUCUACGUCAGUCACGGUGCGCGAUCGUUCAUGAAUGAGUUUUGCGUAUUGUAGAAAAGCAGUGAAUCAUCAAUAGACUCCGACAGAAAUAACUCUGAACGAGAGAGAACGAUCGUUUCUCUCCUGUGUGGUCGUUGUGAAUUAUGAUGCCAUAUUCGUCCUUCUGAAAGGAGUCUCAUCCGGACGGCAAGCGCGAACGAUGUUUUGCUGUCUGAGAAAUUGUUUCGACGGCCUCGGUUUCGCCACGGCUCAAGCACCGCAGCGAGAACGAAAUCCCAUCGCCUUAGACACAUCCCACAUGGGAAACGAGGUAGUGAUAGUAAAAAAUGGUCUAAGAAUAUGCGGUAGUGGUGGUGCCUUAACGAAUGCCCCUCUUGUUCAGAGCAAGAGUUAUUUUGAAGUAAAGAUUCAACAAGGUGGUAUAUGGGGUAUUGGACUGGCCAGGAGAGCUGCGGAUCUCAAUGCUUCUGUAGGAGGAAAAGACUCAGAAAGUUGGGCUCUUAAUUCGGAUGGUAUCCUAAGACACAACGAGCAAGAGUUACACAAAAUACAACAACCUGUACAGGAAGGGGAUGUCAUUGGAAUAUCCUAUGAUCAUGUUGAAUUGAAUUUUUACGUGAACGGAGUAUCCAUGAAUGCUCCAGUUAUUGGUAUAAAGGGACGGGUUUAUCCAGUUUUAUAUGUGGACGAUGGAGCCAUUCUAGACUUAAUACUGGACAAUUUCGUCCAUGCUCCGCCAAUGGGUUUCGAGAAAAUAAUGCUGGAACAAUCAUUGCUCUAGCAGAAUGGAAGUAAGAUCGUUAAUGUAUCGUCAAAGCUGACAUUUUUCGUCCAUUUCGACUUUAAUUGAAUAUUGGAACCAAACUAACAAUAAAUUGAAGAAGCAGGUCAUUAAGGCAUUAGUAUUAAGAAAUAACGUCACAAAAUAUAAAUUCGUCAUAAUAAUCGUAUGAUGACACAUGAAUAUACUUAAUUGUGAGGAAUGUGAAAUAAACGAUUUGCCUAAUA